CGUAGCCCAGUAGCCCGUGUGCGAGUCCUACUACACUAGAUAUCUCGUUUGUAGGGCAGGGUCGCGGGGCGAGGGGGAAAAAAGGGGGGGUUAGGGGGGGUGAGAACGGCCUUUAUCGAGCGGCUUCUGCGCGAGCUCGCCUCGACGUUCUCGACGUUUUCACCCUCAGGGGCGGAUUACCCCCUCCGACACGUCGCCGGGAACAUCGCGGAACGUGUGAUUGCUGUCUCUUGGCUCGGAAGACAUCGCGAGGAGUUUUAAUCCUCAUUCAAGUCAGACGAGGAAUUUGCUGAUCUAACAGCAAAGGAACUCUAAUUUAAAACUCGCGGAGAUUCUCUUCCAUUUCUUAAUUGUAGAUUUUUUAUUCACAAUAUUAUUAUUUAUCUAGAGACUAGUAAGAUUGAGUACAGAUUAUAAUCUUUUUAAAUUCCAGAAAAUCUGCAUAUACGCCCCUACGUCGUCAGAGUCUCGCGGAGACAGGGGUUUCUUCAUCUCGAGCCAGGAUCCGAACCGUCUGAAUUCGGUCCUGCCGAUCCCCACCGCGUGUCGCGCCUUCUACCCCUUCCCAUCUCGUGGCGACAAAUCUGUUACGAGAUUUCCACCUUCAUCCUCGCCCACCUCAUGGCAAUGAAUUUGAACGGGACGCAGAUUCCCGCGAACGGGGUGAGAACGACGACGUUGGGCAUUCGCGGCGUCUGCGUCGGCUCCUAAAGAGAAAGGGAGAGAAAGAGUAUGAUUCUCCCUCUGUCUUUCGCCGCGGAUCCAGACGCUAUCUUCGGUUCCGGGCCCAGCGCGGCGGGCGAGAUUAUAGUUCCUCGAGAAGGACGGCCGGAAUGUCCCUCCCGACGGUGUCUCGCCACCGACACGUCGGGCUGAUCUAGCCUGUCGGGCUAAACGUCAUCCACCGCGACAAUCGAUCGCAAUAGUGCUUCAAGAGCUCAAGGUGUGCGUUCUCCGAGUGUGCGAGUCUGCGACCGUUCUCGCGACGUGUGGAUCGUCGUUCUUCGUCGUCUGUCAUCCGUCUGGUCCCGACGGCGCUCCCAGGAGGUGUCUCAGGUGUCUCAGAACGUCACGAUCGCAGCAGGUAACUUCCUAAAGACGGUUCUAUUUUUUCGAGACACACCACUACAUAGACACCGCUUUGUGCAUUGGAAAGUCGAUCGCUCCGGCUCGCGCGCCGAAGGUCCGCUUAAAACACGGCUCCUUUUCGUUUCCCGUGGCCGCCCGAGGCCAGGCGAGGCAGAAUCCGCAUGUAAAUGGAAUCUUCCCCGUUGAGACAACCAUACGGGAGUUCUUCGAUAAAGGGGCCGCGAAAAGCAAGUCGUGAAUAUAAAUGCGCCCUCGCGCUUUGAGAAUCAGAACGUGCCGGAUGCCCCCGUUCCCUGAAACGCAGCCUCGCAUUACACAGACAGAUGCAGGUGUCCCGCGUUAUCAAGAGGCACGAUUGCAAAAGUGAUAAGCGAGACGGAGACUCUUCCAACGUAGAAAAUUCAGAAUAACGUCAUGCAUGAUAAUGUUAUCGGGAGCUGGAAUAAAUCUAACACGCCGAUUACCGUGUUAGAGUAAUAACGUAAAUUAUCAAGGCGACAGACAAAAGAACAGAGACAAAGAUAGAGAGAGAGAGAGAGUGAUAAUACUGCGAAUGUCGAAGGAAAAGGUGGAUGGAAUCGAGAGACACGUUGUCCAUGCAUUUUCGCGCUGCGUGCCGCCGAUGAUACGAGCGAAUACGCGUCAGCUUACCGGAGCCUCGAUCUGUUCGUCGACGAUGCUGCUUGACAAACAACACCACCUCCUUGCCCAUGAGGAUCGAAUCGGAUCGUCGAGAAAUAAACUCAAGAGACUGAAGAUGACGACGGCUGAACGAAGACCUGUGCACGACCUGUCGCGUUUUUAAACAGCAGAUAAACUAAGAACGCGCUCACCAUCGCGCCGGCAUCAUGGGGAAUGGCAUGAACAAGGUGCUUCCUGGUCUUUAUAUAGGUAAUUAUCAGGACAGCAAGGACGCCGAUCAGCUGGAGCGUUUCGAAAUCACGCAUAUUCUGGCUAUUCACGACACGGCCCGCCGUUUGCAUUCCGACAAGCAUUACCUAUGCAUCUUGGCCGCCGACAGUCCCGAUCAGAACUUAACGCAGUAUUUUUCUCUGUGCAACGACUUCAUUCAUUCCGCCCGUCUUCGCGGUGGAAACGUUCUGAUCCAUUGUCUUGCAGGAAUGUCAAGGAGCGUGACAGUAGCGGUGGCCUACAUCAUGAGCACCACUAAUCUCUCCUGGAAAGAGGCGCUUAAAGUCGUUAGGGUCGGUCGAUCCAUUGCAAAUCCGAAUGCCGGUUUUCAACAGCAGCUCAAAGACUUCGAAUCUAGCCGCUUACAAGACGAGCGUAAUAGGUUGAAAGAGCGAUUUCCCAGUCUCGCUCUCGCCGAAUCCGACGCCGAGGUCUGCAGCUCUACCCUGAGGAAUUACGAAACGCUGGCCCUAGCGAAAGAGGUGUGCGAGGGUAAGUGCGCCAUGGGACGCACUUGUCCAACCGGGCUUUGCCGUCAGGCAACUUCUAAGAGGACUCUAAGAAGAAAGUCAUCCACCAGCAGUAUCGGAAGCGCGUCAUCCGGCAGGACACCUCCGCAAACACCCCGGAUGCUUCCGUCCGCGCCACCCUCGCCGGCUUUGCACAGAUCAUCCAGCAUUGUGUCCACAUCGAGACCACGGAGUGGACCGGCAGGAUUGCAUUCUUACACCGGAGGAUCCGCUCCACCUUCUAGAACUGCGUCGAGGGUGGACCUUUCGGCGGCAGUGGCUUGCAGCAGCAGCAACGCCAGCCUCUCCGCCGUGGGCAGAUCGAGCGCGUUCUCCAGUAGCAACUGGCGAUUGACCGCCGGUUCCGCGCCGAACACGCCGAGACCGACGCCGCCGGUCUCGCCGCAAUGCUGGCCGAGGCGACUCUCGAAUCGGCAGACGCCGCAGUUGCCAGUACCACCGGAUUCACCGGAAUCCCAUCCUUCGACAAUGACGUAGCAGCGGGAGUUGCGCGGUUCUCUAUCGAGCCUGAUGGAAUAACGAGCCGAAGGAGAUCGGCGAACCGCUCGAGGAUUUUACCACCAACAUUAUGCGCUCUUCAUCGUCGGCAGAUUAAAUUACGAAUUUGCUAUCAUUUUUUGGACGCGAUUAUUUGGAUGAGUCCUGGGAGGAAAUUUCCGGUAAAAGAGAAAGGAAAGAUUUCGAUGAAGGUAUCUAUGAAUUAUAUAAAGACGUGCCUGCGAAUGUUUUUUACAUGUUUGGGACAUUUGGGAUAUUUAGUGGAACGUAUAAUCCGGCGGAGUUUGAAACACUAUUACGGAUAAAUAAUGAUCUAUGUGAUUUUGCAAGAUGGUAUGUGUCGGCUCGAUUUGAACUCGGGUCGGCGAGGAAAACGACGAUACAUGCGCGUAAUGCGUUGUUGGAAAUUGUUGGUGACAUUAACUUAUACAAGUUGUUACAUGUUGUUGCUUAUAUACUCAGCGAGAAAGUGCUUUUACCGCGAAUGGGAUGGGAAACAACAAGAUUCUCUUCGUACGCAUCGGGAACACUUUGUGUUUUAAAUUUCGCGUCCUACGAUUAUCUUCGUCCUGAUGAUUAGAUUCUCUCAACGGAGAGAUACGAGUAACGACAUCGAUGGAUACUGUGACAAUCUGUUAUUCAAAUAUAUCACGAGGUUGAAUUAGUACGCUCGCGUAACGGAUCGAUGUGUGAGGUGAAGUAGUAAAUUGGAAAGAUUGACACAUUCGGGACAUGGUAUUAAUCCUUUGGGGCUUUAUCGGUUACAACGAUAAUUGCGUGCAAUUAAGUGCGACUGGUUAUUUCGCGCUUUUUACGGCGUCGUUCAAUCGCGCUAAUAAUGCGCUCGUUAACGAUUCCCGCGUGCAAUUUCUCCCUCGGAGAUAAUGCGCGAAUCGUUACCACCUAAUCAUUGGUUGUGAAAAAGAAUAUUGCUCAAAGCGGCAAUUAUGCAAUACAUACAACAACGUUCCCAAAGGAUUAAUUAGAAAAGGAAAAAAUAUAUAUAAUCGAACACAUGAGCGCUCAAAUGUAGCUUGAUAGUUUUGAAAUUGAUCGCGUAGCGUAAAGUGAAGAGUCGUCGAAGAAUAUUUUUCGAUAGAACUUGCGGUGUGUGUGUGUGUGUG